AUGGCUACAAGUACCGUAACGUACGUUACGCCGAAAGCGCCUGCCCCGCCGGGUCAACCCGAUAUCUCGUAUGCUCCGGACUACGAUAAGUGGCAGGCCCGGGCGGCUCGUCGGCUCAAAGAGGGGAAUCUGCCGACCACGCUUCCGGAAGGGUUUCCUGCGCAGUUAAAGGGAGAUUUAGUCUGGGAAGGUGCAACAGCGGCAGACACAUAUGACUGGACUUAUAUUCUAAAUAACGAACAGCUUAACGAGAUAGAUAGGGCAGUCGACCAUUUUAAGGGGUUGGGCUUGUCGCUAGGUCAUCUCACUGCAGAGACGUUCCCGCUCCCGAACCUCCAUGCGGAACUACGUCGUUUAUCUGCAGAAUUGCACAACGGACACGGCUUCUUCGUCAUCCGUGGUCUGCGCGUCGACGACCACUCCCGGGAGGAAAACGUCAUCAUCUAUGCGGGCAUUUCCGCGCAUAUCGCUGCGCUGCGCGGCCGACAAGAUCACAAGUAUAACGGCCAGAAGGCCGACGUGGUCCUUAGUCACAUCAAAGAUUUGAGCUGGUCACAGAACAACGGCGCCAUCGGCAGUCCGGCUUACACUACCGACAAGCAGGUCUUCCAUACGGACUCCGGCGAUAUCGUGUCUCUAUUUGCCCUCGAGACGUCCGCGGCGGGGGGUGCCAGCAAAUUAGCGAGCACGUGGCGGGUAUACAACGAGAUUGCUGCUACUCGUCCGGAUCUCAUCCAUACUCUGUCACAGAGCUGGGACAUGGAAGUAUUCGAAAAGGCCGAAAAACAGUACGUAGAAAGGCCGCUGCUGUAUCACUUCCCUGCGACGGACUCAACACCGGAGCGGGUCGCCUUACAAUAUGGCCGACGGUAUUUCGUCGGUUUCGGCGCUCUUCCGCGCAGCGCCGACAUUCCGCCUAUCACGGAGGCCCAAGCUGAGGCUCUCGAUACACUUCAUUUCCUAGGCGAGAAGUACUGCGUAAAUACCGACUUUCAAAAAGGAGAUAUCCAGUACAUAAAUAACCUCGCCAUCUUUCACGCAAGAGACGGAUUCACUGACACGGCCGAAAAGCGCCGUCAUCUUUUACGUCUGUGGCUGCGGGACCCAGAAAACGCCUGGCCGACCCCCGAGGCUUGGAAAUACCGCUGGACAGAAAUCUACGAAGGCGUCACACCGGAAGGACAGGUCCUUCCUCUUGAACCAUUUAUCCGCAGUGCUGGAAAUAAGGGUAGAUAG